UAGAGAGCGGGUGUGUCCGUAUGUGCUACGUCAAUAUACCACAUAAAUGUCAAAUUAAACGUUUUCGUCUAAAAAAUGUGACAUAUGCCUCGCGGUGACGUAAACACAGACCGUAACAUUAGCACCUUAUAGAUUUUUAGUGUUAAUUUCGCUUAUAACGCGUAUUAUUCGCAUUCUUCGUAGCGUAUUUUGUUCUAAGUUUCGUUCGUGAUUGUGGUUAAGUUGCUGACAUUCCAGGUGACUCGGGACCGCUAUAAAUGGGAUUUAUUUUUAAAGCUCGGAUUUGGAUAGUGCUAUGUGAAAAUAUUUGAUGAAAUAAUGUCGGUUUAAUUCAAGAUGGACCGUGUAAGUGGCGUGUGUAGGUUCGGAGGAGUGGUUUCGGCGGUGAGAACUCGAACAGGUCGCAGUAAAAGGCGGGUAACUGGUCCUAGUCAAGCAGCUGAGGAAAUGCCCGAAACUCCACGAAGAGGUCUCGGAGCAAUUUUAGUCCUCGCUUGCAUUCUUGUAUACCACAACUGCCUUUACUGUGGCUUCGUCUUUGACGAUAUCAGUGCCAUAAAAGAGAACAGAGAUUUAAGACCGCAGACACCAAUCUCGAAUAUCUUUCUUAACGACUUCUGGGGAACGCCUAUACAUAAGGAACAAUCACACAAAUCGUACCGUCCAUUAACGGUACUCACUUUCCGAUGGAACUACGCGGUGCACGGACUACAACCAGCGGGCUAUCAUCUCGUCAACUUGCUACUUCAUGCUCUCGUCUCGUUGCUGUAUUACAGAGUUUGCGCGAUGUUCCUCCCGGAAUUCGCAAGUUUCGUCGCGGCCAUCUUGUUUGCGGUGCAUCCCAUACACAGCGAGGCAGUGACAGGUGUCGUGGGCAGAGCUGAAAUGCUGUCAUCCUUGUUUUUCCUGGGCGCGCUCCUCUGCUACGCGCGGGCAGCCACCAGGAGACGAUAUACAGAUUGGCGCUACGUAGCUGCGUGUACAGCUUGUGUAGGCAUUGCUAUGCUCUGUAAAGAACAAGGCAUCACCAUCACGGCUGUUUGCGUUGUCUACGAACUAUUUGUUGCACAGAAGCGCCGCGGCAACAACACUGGAAGAUCAUGGUUCGAAUAUUGGGGAAAAGGGGGCUGGGGAUGUGCGUGUGGGGAAGCCGCACGACGCGUUGCUACGGUAUGCUGUGCAACUCUAGCGCUACUCGCUGCGAGACUACAUGUAAUGGGCGCACAGUUACCCGUCUUCACAAGAUUCGACAAUCCCGCUGGUGCUGCCUUACCUCCAGCAAGGCAUUUGACUUUCGCCUACUUGCCCGCGCUAAACGCCUGGCUGCUAACCUUGCCAGAAGCGCUCUGCUGUGACUGGACGAUGGGAACCGUUGCUUUAGUCCGCUCAUGGCGGGACCCACGAAACUUAGCGACUUUUGCAUUGGCUACGACUUUGAUUGCUGGUGCAAUACACGCUUUGAGGACACGCUGUUCAGCUUUGUCAAUGGGAUUGGCACUGCUAGUAUUGCCAUUUCUUCCAGCUUCCAAUCUUUUUUUUCCUGUGGGUUUCGUGGUGGCUGAGCGUGUUCUUUAUAUGCCAUCUAUGGGAUGGUGCCUAUUGGUUGCUCAUGGAUGGCGACUGGUAGCCAAAAAACGGGCUAAACUAGCCGCUGCUGCUCUUAUAUUCCUUCUAAUGGCUUUUAGUGCCAAAACGUAUGUAAGGAACUGGGACUGGAAGACUGAAUAUUCCAUUUUUGCUUCAGGACUCAAAGUCAAUCGAAACAAUGCGAAGCUCUAUAAUAAUGUUGGACACGCCUUAGAGGCAGAAGGAAAAUAUGCGGAAGCAUUAGAAUUCUUUAAAACAGCGGUCAAUGUGCAACCAGACGACGUUGGGGCUCAUAUUAACGUAGGAAGAACUUUUAACCACCUCGGUAGAUAUCAAGAAGCAGAGGACGCUUAUGUUAAGGCGAAAUCUCUACUACCAAAAGCAAAACCAGGAGAAUCAUACCAAGCAAGAAUAGCUCCAAAUCAUUUAAACGUUUUCCUGAAUUUAGCAAACUUGAUAUCGAAGAAUGCUACCAGGUUGGAGGAAGCAGAUAUGUUAUACCGACAAGCCAUUAGCAUGCGAGCUGAUUAUACACAAGCGUAUAUAAAUAGGGGAGAUAUUUUAAUAAAAUUAAAUAGGACGAAGGAGGCGCAGGAAGUAUACGAAAGAGCUUUGCUCUAUGAUAGCGGUAACCCGGAUAUAUACUAUAACUUAGGUGUGGUGUUAUUGGAGCAAGGUAAAGCCUCCCAAGCUCUCGCUUACUUGGACAAAGCGCUUGAACUUGAACCGGAACAUGAGCAGGCGCUGUUGAACUCGGCCAUACUCCUGCAAGAGCUGGGAGCAGCAGAUUUGAGGCAUCUUGCAAGACAACGGUUACUAAAACUGCUUGAUAAAGACGCAACAAACGAGCGCGUACACUUUAAUCUCGGCAUGGUCUGUAUGGACGAGGGCGACGCGGAAUGCGCCGAGCGGUGGUUCAGGGCCGCCGUGCAUCUCAAACCGGACUUCAGAUCGGCUCUGUUCAACUUGGCCCUGCUCUUGGCGGACAGACGAAGGCCCUUAGAAGCUGCACCGUUUCUGAAACAACUAGUCAGGCACCAUCCAGACCACGUGAAGGCACUAGUACUCCUCGGGGAUAUUUACAUCAACUCUGUUAAAGAUCUGGAUGCAGCUGAAAGCUGCUACCGUCGCAUCCUCGAGCUGGAGCCGGACAACGUGCAGGCGCUGCACAACCUGUGCGUGGUGGCGGUGGAGCGCGGCAAGCUGGGCGUGGCGGAGGAGUGCCUGGCGCGCGCGGCCGCGCUGGCGCCGCACGAGCACUACAUCCAGCGCCACCUCGGCGUCGUGCGCGCGCGCCGCGCCGCCGCCGCCGCCCCCGCCGCCCCCGCCGCCGCCCGCGCCGCCGCGCCCGCCGCCGAGGUGCGCGCGCGCUGGAACUACAUCCCGCAGCAGCCGCCCGACCCGCACGAGGUCGACCCCUCGUAGCGGAGCCCCGACGACUGAGCCGUGUAAAUACGUUAGGACACUGACACCAAAAUCGGUCAUUACGUUGUAUUAUUUGCUAAAGAUCAGGGUAUUCGAUUUGGUUCGUAUUCGUCCGGAGCACGCUUCCUUUAGAGAUAUGUUUCGGUUUUAUCGUUUGAAAUUAGAACAGGAGGAAAAGGUCCGGACUAGGUUUUUAGUUUGAUCUCGUAGGAGCGGCUUCGUUUGCUUAAUUUUCGUGAUAUUAGUUAACGGCAUUUAAUCUUAUUAUGUAUAUUUGUAUAAUGUGUAGGAACGUUGGAUGAACGUUACAUCUUGGAACGAGCUUUCGUCAGGUAUACUGUGCUCCUGCGACUUAGGACGGUGCUGCGAUACAUAUUAUAAUGAUCGGCCAUAAGGCACGACGAUCGCAGGUUACAAUUAUUUAGUCGCAGUGGCAUAGCAUAUUGUUUUUCGUCAUUAGCCUGGUAUACGGAUAUUCUUUGUGUGUAAUAAAAGUCAACUAGAAUUAUAGAGAAGACUUAACUGUUUAAUGUAUUAGUUACAUUUUGUAACGGUAAAAUUAGUUUCAAUGUACUGCAGUCGAUUGUUUUUGUUUUAUUUUUUUUUAUAUAAUAGUUAAAUUUUUAAUCAAUGUUAUAAUAAACUAUUCCCAUGCUUUAUUUUAGAUCUUGGAAUAAGAUUAGAUUAUCUCCCACGUAAUCAAUAGAAAAAAUAUGAUCUAAAUUUCUUACUUAAAAUCUUUAUAGUAAUUUUCAAGUAACGCAUGAUAAAGUUCCUUUGAACAAAAUGCUGUUUUCCUUAAAUUCAUUGCCUAACACAAUGGUCAAUACUGUGAGCCUCCAAAUAGAAUGCGCGCGCAUCCCACUUUUAAUUUUAAAUAAUGAACAUUGCGUGACUUUUAUAUAAUUUAACAUUUAAAAUCAGAAUGUUAAGAUUCUAUUUUUAAACUUUUGUUUUAGUUACGUUUUUAUGGUUAAUAUAUCUCUACCCUUAGAUAUUCCAAGAAAACUCGGGUUACAUUGUUUUAUGGUAACGAUUUUUAAGACAGAUAUUUUUUUUUAUAUAUAUAAAAAAUGUAUUUAUCUUCAUUAUACCUUUUUAAGUAGAAGUGUCGUGUAACGACACUGCUAUGACUUAGUCUUAUAACAAUAGAAACCCGGGUUUUGCUAUAAAAUAAAAAAAAUCCACUGACUUAGAACAGUUAUUUUCAUAAACGCCAAUAUUAUAUUUAUUAUGUAAAAAUUAAAGUGAUCGACCGUUAUUAGAAUAAUUACGUAGAUGUGAAAAUGUAACGUUGUUAAUGUUUUAAGAUAAAAAGUAACUUUUGUAAAAACUGAAUUUUUUACAAUGUCUUGAAACAUUUCUGAUGGGAUCUCCCGUAAGAGUAAACAUUCAUAAGGACCCCGAAUAUUAUAAACUAUUUGUCGUCAAAACAUUUAUUUUUAUAAAAUAAAUGAAGUUUCAAAUUAAA